AUGGAGAAACACGAGAGUAAGAAGCUUCUUCCAAGAGUGUCCCAAAUUAACAAUCAGGUUAUACUAAUGAGGAAGACUGUGAAACAGGCAAAGGUCCUGACAAUACGGCUUCUAACCAGAACCAGAGCGAAACUGAUCCAGAAGAAGGGCAAUGCCAAACAACUGGAGAAAAACAAGAGCAAGUGCGAGCGUAUUUUGGUCGACAUUCAAGCGAUGAAAAGGUUGAAAAAAGAUGAUGUGUCGGUCUAUGCACUUCUCAACGAAUGCAAACUGGAAGAUGUACUUAGACGGACUGACGUGGAGCCACAUGAUAGAGCUGUGGCCAGGCUAGCCGACCACCGCCUAAUAAAGACUCAAGUCAAAGAAUUUAAAAACAAUCGUCCAUACUGGAAACUCCAGAUUCAGGAAUAUGGUGAAAAAUACAGAAAACACAAAGCAACAAAAUUAAAUCGACAAAAUAUGGCAGCGAGCAUUAAGCAUGAUACAGAACGCGUAGUAGGAGAGGGAAACAACAGCGAAGUAAUCGCUCGAGUAAUUUCUAUAGCAGAAGAUGACUCCGCGGCAAAACAAUCUAGCAGGCACGGAGAGGAAUCAGUGGAAGAGAACUCGGUUAAAAGUGAAGAGGAAACUGACUCUCACAGUGAAAGUGAAACAGAGACACAAAAACAGGACAGUGGUGAUCGGGAUGCCGGGACUAGUAGUGAUGAAGAGGGAGAAGACGCUCAGAGUAAUUCAUCAGACAGUGAAGAUAGCGAACCUGAGGCCAAGACACCGUCAUUGGCUCCACCUACUGUGUGCAGUAAAGUUCUAGAUAGGGCACCUGGAAAACAUAAACUGAAGCAACGACCACCAUCCUCCUCAUCACCGGAGACUUCAGAGGAAGAGAAAGAAAUUUCUUUGAGUAAAGCCUCGCAUUCAGAUAUGUCUGUGCAGUGUGAGUCGUUACAGCAGAAACGCAAAGCGACGACGGCGAUUCCGUCGGAAGCUAAGAAAACAUCCAAGGACAUGGCGAUUAAAAAGCCACACGUUCCGUUUUCCAGCGAAAUGGAAUUAAAACCAUUCGAUCUCUUAGAGCUAGACCCAGAGGGAGAAUUGCCCCUAGGCAUGCCUACUGAGGGUGGCCAUCAAGCUUCAAUCCCACCAAGCGAUGACGAUAUACCCACAUUAUUACUUGCUGGUCGAAAGGAAUCUGCUGGUAGCAAUAAUAAGAAGAAGCGUAGGGAUGCUUUCUUUGAAGGAGCUGACAGCAGUGAAAAUGAAUCUGAUGUGGACGACGGGGAAGAAGGGUCAGCUUAUGACCUGGUCAUGACUCAGCAGGAUGAAAUCGCAACUAACAAAGGAAGACAGUUUAUGACAUCUGCACAGCGUUACAGAAAACAUGGCGAUAGAGAAGGCGCAAAAGCAGAAGCACACAAGCAAAGAAGACCCUUUGAUAGGUCACGGAACAAAGAGCAGUGGAUCAACAGCUCCAAAAACUGA